GACUUGUCCUUUGUUUUGAUAUCUUAUCGCGAAAAGAAUUACGCGUGCAUAUAUCCUAGUUCGACUUCGAAGCUCGCUACUCUCAAGAAUUCAAAACAGUUGUGUGCUGAACAGUCGAACAGUCGUAAUUUCAUCUCUCAGUGUAAAAGUGCUUGACGCAUAUUUAUAACAGGCAUUAGUUAUUGCAUCGUUAAAACAGUAUUAUACAAUUAUUGGUUCGCAUUGUAGAUUACUAGAAAUAUUUUCGCAAUCAUGACGACAGGAUUCAUUGUGGAAUUUUACCCUCAUUAUUGCGAGUGGAAUAUUGGUGAAUUAAUUCUUACAAAAGCAUGUGAGUUGUCAAUGACAUUAAUUUCUCCUACUUUUUUAUGUUUGAGAAAGAAGCCAUGGAAUUUCGUAUUAAGUACACAAUUACAUGAGGAUAAACUCAGAAUUCAACUUAUUAAAUCUGAAAAUGAAAUAAUGAAAUUUGAUUAUACUGGUAGCUUUCUUUUCAUGAGUAAUAGUAAAACCCCAAGGUAUACAUCAGAAAAAUGUGCGCGAAUAACAGAAGAUCUCUCAGAAACAUUUGUAUUAAUGAAAGUUUCUACAUUCAAACAAGAAAUACGUAAUUAUUCUUUCAAUGGACUAAUUAAAAUACAGUUCCUAAUUGAUGCCAAACCUGUUAAAAGUGAUGGAAAAACUUUAGAAUUAUUUCAUGGAUUUCCAGAACUACACUCUACAACUCUCUACAACCAACCAGAUUUCUCAGAUGUUGAAUUAAUUGUUGGUGACAAAAAGUUCUAUGCUCACAAAGCUAUACUAGCAAAUCAUAGUCCCAUCUUUGCAACUAUGUUCAAAACUGAUAUGAAAGAAAGUAAAGAAAGUAUAGUAAAGAUAAAUGACUUGAGUGCAGAAGUAGUUGAUUGCCUACUAAAGUGGAUUUACACUAAUAACGUUGAAUUUCAUCAUGACAUGAUAUACAAUUUGUCAUAUGCCUCAGAAAAAUAUCAAUUAACUGGUUUGAAAAAGUUAUGUGAACAAAGCUUGGAAAAGUCACUAACAACAAAAAACUGGGUUGAAUUUAUUUCUACUGCUGACAAAUAUAACAUGGAAAAUUUAAAGAAAAUAAUUAUUGCUUUUAUUGUUAAUCAUAAAGAUAUUUUAACUUCUGAAAUUUUUAAAAAAAUGGAAAAUUUGAGUAAAAAGAUGGUUUUAGAAAUCUUUGAAUCUUUUGUACACAACUCAAUCCAAUAAUCAAUGUGCCUAAUAUGUGAAAUUAUGUUGGAUGUAACUAAUAAAACAUCGAACAUAAAUUGAAUUUUAUCGUAACUCAUACAAAGAUUUGUCAAUGACAUAAAAAAAAAUCAGAUAACUGGCUAAAAAAGUUAUGAGGAAAACUCUAAAGAAAGUUUAAUAACUAAAAAUUGGGUUAAAACUGUUUCUAUUGCUGAAAAAUGUAACAUGAAAGUAUAAAAGCAUUGACAAUUAUUUAUAUUAAUCAUCAUAAAAAUCUCUCAAUCUUUGAAAAUUUUCAAAAUCCAAAAAACUAAGAUAAUUUGUUAAUUUUAAACAUUUUUGAAUGUUUACUACUAAAUUUUGUUCUGAAAUCUUUGCUCAUAAUUAGUACAAUUUUAAUUGUCACAAAAAUGAUUGUGAUUCAUACACAAAAUUAUAUACAUUAUUUGGUCUGAUAACAAUUAAAUUAAGAAUAUAAAUGUUAAAACACAGUUGUCACUUCUUAAUAAGCCACAAAUAAAACUGUA